AUGGUCCUUACCUGGAUUUUAAACUCCAUCAGUCCAUCUCUAGCCAACUCCCUUGAAUAUCACACCAAUCCACGAGAUGUUUGGGUUGACCUUCAAUCUCGUUUCAGUCAUGGCAAUAAUGCCCGUCUCUAUCUCCUCAAACGUGAGCUUUCCUCUCUGCAACAAAACACCACCUCCAUUCAUGAGUAUUACAACCAUAUCAAACAAAUAUGGGAUGAAUUAAGCCAUCUUCAAAACAACACUGACCUCAAGGAUUUACAAAAACAAGCCGAUGACGAACGCGUCUUCCAGUUCCUUCUUGGUCUAAAUGAUUCUUUUGCCCAACUCAGAACCCAAAUCCUAGCUAUGGAACCCCUUCCUUCCAUCACAAAAGUUUUCUCUAUUUUAUUUCAGGAAGAGCAGCAGCGCCUUCUGCACAUCCGCCCACUGCCGACGGAAUCCAUGGCCUUCGCAGCAACCAACUCCAGCACUGCCCGAAGCCAUCUUCGCUGCACUGAAUGUGGCAAAACGGGUCACACCCGUGACCGUUGCUGGAGAAUAAUCGGGUACCCAUCUGGCCGUGACCCACGCUCCAAGCCGCGCCCCUCCUUACUCGGCAAACCACCUUCUGGCUUGGCUCCGGUCGCAAAUCAAGCCUCCUUCUCCGCAGAUUCCUCGCCGGUACCGGGAUUGACGCCGGAGCUCUACCAAAAAUUGUUCGACUUGCUCACAUCGACACCCCCUUCCUCCAAUUUCGUCGGUAAUGUCACUACUUCUCCUUCCUCCUUUGACAGCCACCACGAUUGGGUCGUGGACAGCGGCGCUAGACCCACAGUUGACGAGGCUGAUUGGAGCGGGUGA